GCCGCCAACUGGUCCUCCCUCCUUUUCUACGUCCCCGAGCAAGGCCGACGUAAAGAUGAAUGACACAGUGACAGUCAGGACCCGCAAAUUCAUGACGAACCGGCUGCUUCAGAGGAAGCAAAUGGUCGUCGAUGUCCUGCAUCCUGGCAAGGCCACAGUUCCCAAAACUGAAAUCAGGGAGAAGCUUGCCAAGAUGUACAAGACCACUCCUGAUGUCGUUUUCGUCUUUGGCUUCAGCACUCAGUUUGGUGGUGGCAAGACAACCGGCUUUGCCAUGGUGUACGAUUCCCUAGACUAUGCUAAGAAGAAUGAGCCCAAACACAGACUGGCAAGGCAUGGUCUCUAUGAGAAAAAGAAGACCUCAAGGAAACAGCGUAAGGAACGCAAGAACAGAAUGAAGAAAGUACGAGGCAUCAAGAAGGCCAGUGUGGGCGCUGCUGGCAAAAAGUGAGCCUGAACAGCCAGAGAUGGUCUUCGUGCUCAACAUGUUCUUGUAUAUUGUCAUCAAAUAAAAGUUUCGAAAAAAAAUGGGAAAACGAUCGCUGCCUCUUUUUUUUUUUGUGUGUGAAUUUAUUUGAUCAACCGUCCCUGAUUCAAGUCGGUAGUUUGAGCGUCGCUUGUCUUUUCGACUGAGAACUGUAUCUCCUUUACUUAGUAGGUCGUAUGUGGACUGUGCCCGAUGGCCAUGUCAGCGCAAUACAUGGCGCGGCGGCGUAACAGUACGAUGACAUCAACCGCGGCGUGUCACAACUACACAACGCAGCACAUCCAGUAGCGAGAUAUUUUUCCCGGCUGGGUUUGUAGCUGUUACUCAGCAAGAUGUCAAGCUUUGUAUGAAAAUAGACUAGGUGUUAAAACAUCGAAGUUAUGUUUUUUGUACCAUACUCUGGUAGCCCAAGAGAAGGGUGCCAAAAUUGUGCAGGUGUCAACUGAUAUAUUUUGCUACAAUCUAAUGAAAACACAUUAGUAACAAACUGAACCAUAACUUGUUGGAAUUAUGGAUUUUGUGACUUUCAUUGACACUAAUACGUAAGCAUCUUUUGACAUUUUUGGAUUUUGAAUGUCUUACAAUUCAGUGCAUAAUUUUCUUUGUAAGAAGUUUUGAUUAACAUGCAGCUUUGGUUAUAUUGUGUAACGGUUGAUGGUGACAUCUAGUGGUUUUGCAAUGACAUUAUUUCAAACAAACGUUACUCCAGCCAUUCAUUAUUGGGGCUCAAUGUCAAAUAUAUAUAUAAAAUGCUUUUGAGAAA